AUGAACGCUAUGCUGCCUCACGGAAACCGACGAGGGCCGUGGCGGUCAUUGGCCGCCAUUGCAGCUCUCUCAUGGCCAGCCCUGGCGGCCACACCGCCAGCAGUCUUCCAGGCGAACCCGAGAGUUGGCCCGGGCGGAACGAGGUUCAAAGACUCACCACACUUCCGCAUCUAUAAUUCGCCAAGCGAUAGUGCUGCCGACUCUGCGAUCAAGAGCCUCGAGGCAGCCUAUUCGUGCUUUGUCGACGACCUCGGCUGGCGGUCUAGCGGCUUAUCAUUCAGACAGGAAGACGACAACGGGCCGUGGUACAAGGUCAACGUGUACACCGUGAGCACCCUGCCCGGCGCGGCCGCCAAUACAGGCACGGACCAGACGGCCGGGCUCAGCUUCCUCAAUGUCGUCACCCAGUAUCUGACCGAGCCUUCGAUCACGGUCCACGAGUUCGGCCACGCGCUGACAUAUGCAGAGCGCUAUUGGAUCGACCAGAUCCGCACCGGAGCCUGGUGGGAGCCGGUGGCCAACUUCGUCGCCGACACGUAUUUGACUUCGCCGCUCUGCACCCCCGCGCGGUCCCGUUUCGGCCAGGCCGAGGGGAGCACGCUCAUCGACCUCAAUAAGGUGCUGGGCGACUCGCACCAGGUCAUCGUUGACGGGACACGCGACUCGGGGAAUUACUACCAGUCCUGGCCGUUUCUGACCUAUAUGCACAACAACCCGGACAACUACGCCGGACUCGGUCUCGCCACGUUCCCGGGCGUCUGGACACGCUACCAGCGGAACAGCAACGAGACGCCACUGCACGUGCUCAACCGCCUGGUGUCGCCUGCGGUUCGCAUCCAGACGGUAGUUGCUCGGUAUUGGGCGCGCAUGGCGUACGUCGACAUCGGCCACGCCCAGGCGGCCCGUCAAUUCGCUGCACAGAGGAGCAGCAUCAACUACGCGAAUCUCGACAGCCAGGGAGGUGGCCGCUACCGGGUCAAGUCGUCAAGACAACCGCGGUAUAUGGGCGCCAACAUCAUCCCUCUGAAAGGUUCCGGCACGAGCAUAGGCGUCGUCGUAACGGCUUCCAGCGGCAUGCCCUUCACAGCAACGCUGGCAGUCCGAUCGCCCAGCGGGUCGGUGAGAUACGUCGACCUUCCCGGAGGGUCAGGCAGCGCGACGCUCAGCAACGGAGAGGAAGCUAGCUUGGUGGUGGUCAACACGCCAGCCACAUUGUAUCUAUACGACCCUUUUUCGUUGACGAGUGAAGUCAGCAGAGGGUUGGACUAUCAGCUCCAACUCACAGGAGCGACGGCGUGA